AAAAAAAUUCAACUUCAACUUCGUCGCUGCGCGCGGGGCGCGACUGCGCGCCGCUGCAGCGGCGGCUUCUCUCGGCUUUGCACGCGAGCAACGGUGCAAGGCCGAAGUGCGGUGUUCUUGUGACGGCCGCCGAGCCAAGGGACAUUUAUGUUGUGCUCGGCCGCCGACUCUCAGGCCAAGCUGCUGCCAUCGGGCAUGAACGAGGAUUCCCAGAGCCCCGGCUGCUCGUACCACGGCGGAGGCGGCCGCGUGCCGCCGCGAUCCGUGUUGCGUCAACGACCGCUGGGCAACUUCCUUCAGCGUCGGGCACCCACCGCCAGGGACGCGUUUCCCGAGACCGAGAUCAUGUUCCCGCUGCUGCCCGACAGUCGGAUGGACGCCUGGAGUGGCAGCUACCCGCUGGACAGCCCUCCGGGCACUCUAAUGCGCCGUUCGCCCAACAGCCGGACGCAGGGUCCCAGCAGCUCGGCAGCGCGCAACAGGACGCCCCGCGAUGGCAGUUCGCGCCAAGGCAGUCAGCGACUGUAUGCGACGCGUGACAGCGGACCCACGAGAAGCGUGUCUAGCGGGUUCUUCAAGAGGAUCUUUCGGGGAACGCCGAGGAAGUACUCGGUGCCGCCUGAGCCGAAGGACACCUCUCCAGAGAUGAGCUUCAGCGAGGUGAUGAUGCGCUACCACCAGCAGUCGCCCGACUCCGGCCACUCGUUUGGCUCGGCCACUAAGAAGUCGACGUCGGAGCGAAAGACGAUGCCCGAAGUGGUUCCUGCAGCGCCUCCACCGGCGCACAGGAAGAAGCGAUUCACCGCACAUGAGAGGAAGAUGGUGUACGUGAAGAUCCUGCAGGACGCCCUCAGCAACCAAGACGCGUGCCCCAACAGCGCCCUGAUGGUGACGCCCGACGUGGAGAACGGUUGGUUCCUGGUGUCCUUCCACGUCUGGGUGCGACACGACCACCAGCCACUCAAGGACGCCGUGGCCGCCAAGCGUUUUCCCAAACCGGGCGCCACAUACUUCGUGCAUGGCGGCACGGGCACACUCUGAUGCCCGGCCUGUCGAAACACCAGAAUAAUAAAGAAGACUCGACGAUUUAC